AUGAAGGCAGUUCAGAGGGUGUGCUCUGAUGCGCGGCACUUGUACGUGUUUGGACGCGUUAAAGACUUUUUUGCCUGCGGUGAUGCUGAGGUCACGGAACGUCUGACUAUUCAACUCGAUCAAAAUUUCUCUGAUGGCUCCCCCAACUUUAUGGUUGUGCACGACAUGCUCGAGGGGUGCGGGGCUAACACGCUGCUCUUCACCUUUCAGCCAAAUCCUGACGACCCGGGGAUUCCCGAUGAUGUCCUUUGUGUUGUGAAUCCGCAGAAAGGGAAGUUGCCGUACCUCACCGGCCGUGUGGUGUAUUUGGUGCGGCCAGACAAUGGCAAACCUAUCAACGCAAAGGAGGCAUCUCAGGUUGUUCAGGAUAUCACGAUGGGUUCUCUCGAUGGCAACCUAUUGCAAAGCUUCGAACACCUCCUGAUGGAAGUGUAUACACCUAUGUUCAACAAGCUGAGCAAAUGGGGGAAGAAUACUUUGGCGGAGCGGAAUAGGUUUAUUGUGCACCUCCUCCGAUAUGCGGAUCGCAUUUCAGAGUUACAACAACUACAGGGUGAGCGUUAUGAACUGCGACCUGUUAAUGCGGAGACGUGGAGGCUGCUACAAACAGGGGGCCUGAACAAGCGCGGUGGAAUCAACGACCCUGGUGUUGUGCACUGCCUGACGACAACCGUGGAGGAAUGGAUUAAGGCUGUCUAUGACGUGGUGCAGGAGGUGCCAAACUAUGAAAAUGAACUGAGUGAAGAGAAGGCAGGUCCAAAGACGGAGAUUCAGCUUUGGAAAAGCCGCCUGGCGAAGUUGCGCCUGGUAGAAGAACAACUUGAAGCUGUUGAGGCGCCGCGAGCCGUGCAAUACCUGCGUGAGGUUAAGAGCCCACUGCUACAACGAUGGGUGGAGGUGGAUGCCGCGCUUAAUGAUGCAUUGUCGGAAGCUCAGGAGAACGUGAAGUACCUGCGUUCCCUCAGCAAAUACUUUGAUGUAUUAUACUCAUCGGACAUUGCCCAGAUCAUUAACAUGCUUCCUUCGCUCAUCAGCAACAUACGGAUGAUGCACACGAUAGCACGCUAUUACUCGCGGCGGGAAUGCAUGACAGCACUCUUUUUUAAGGUCACCAACGCCAUGGUUCUUUCUUGUAAAUCAGCCAUCAACCCAUCGGGUGUGCGCAGUCGUAUCUGGGAGUGCGGGCAGAGCCCCGAGUCCCUCAAAGAGUUGUUACACCAACUACACCUCAGUGCCGAGUGUAAUAAGGCCUACAACAAAGAGUACAAGAAGGCGCAGGAAAUCCUCGCAAGCAAGGAUGGAAAACAGUUUGACUUUGAUGAGUUGAAGUUUAUGGGGCACUUCAAUCUUUUCACAAAGCGUGUGGACAAACUGAUCAGCGUGUUUAGUACAGUGCAGCAAUUUGUAGAGCUCAAGGCAUACAAUAUUGAACAAAUGGAGGGCCUUAUCCCACGGUUUGAAGAAUACCUUGGCCAUCUCCGCGGAAAGACUACCGACAUCCUUGACAUCCACGACAACAACAAGUUCGACGUGGAGUUUAAAAUAUUCGAAACACGAAUUGCCGAACUAGAGACAUCGAUGCAGGUGGCAAUCAACUCCUCAUUUGAGAACAUCACCUCGACCGACAACGCUCUGCAGUUACUGGCCAAGUAUCAGCGUAUUCUCAAGAAUGAAGCUUUCGCCGCCGAUUUGGAGUCCAAGUACCUCGUCAUUUUCCACAGCUACGGUAUGGAACUUGAGAAUGACCAAAAGACCUAUGAGCGAUACAAGACCGACCCACCAGUCGCACGAAACAUGACACCAGUUGCUGGAGCCAUCAGUUGGGCACGGCAACUACUCCACCACAUCAAGUCGCCUAUGGACAAAUUUAAGACCAAUCGCACAAUCAUGGCGAACACGAAAGAUAGCAAGAAGGUGAUUCGCACAUACAAUAGAGUUUCGGUUGCGCUGAUUGAAUUCGAGGCUAUUUGGGUGGAUGCUUGGAAGCGAUCGAUUGAAUCGAGUAAAGCCGGACUUAAUGCGACGUUGUUGGUGAGACACGAGGGGCGUUUGUACGUAAACUUUGAUUUGGAGAUAAUGCAGCUCAUUAAGGAGACAAGAGAGUUGAUGUUACUCGGUGGUAUAGAAGUACCUGCGGCAGCGAGGAUGGUGCUAAUGCAGGAGCAGCGACUGAAGACAUUUUACAAUGAGUUAACUCACCUUGUUAAAGAGUACGAACGUGUUGUUGGUCGCGCUGGAAGUACGCGCAGCAAGAUCGUUGGUGUCACUCGCCCGUUGCUUCAACCAAACCUCGACGCGCUUGAUGCAGUGUUUCUUCCUGGUGAAACCACUCUCACGUGGUCUUCGUUAAAUGUUGAUACGUACCUGGAACGAGUCCAAAAGGCAAUUGAAGAUCUUGACAUUCUCGUCACGAAGGUGAAUGACAUCAUUCAGCACCGAAUCCAAGUUAACCUCAAGCUUAUUGCUUCUACGCUGCUUGUUAACCUCUUUGACGACCAUUUCUCACUUGAUCAGUUCGUGCAAGUGCAGGAAAAGCAUAUUCGGCAGCAAUGCGAAGUGAUGGAUGUAAAGAACCGGGAGGUUGAGGGUGCGGUCGAGGAUGUCGUGAUAUGCAUUCUCGCUAGUCAGGGCGUUACUUACAGUACCGAUAAGCUUGACAAUGUCCAGCGUGAUCGCAUUGCGACGCUCAAAGGGCACUUCAAUCGUCUAAUGUUCAAAGCGAUCCUCACGAGCACCACCCGAUCGUUGAACUUACUCAAGAAACGUGUGGGCACACGUAAUCGUGUGUCCUUCCUUUUUGUUGAAAAGCCCUUCUUCGACGUUGAUGUGCAACUUAUUAAUGCGGAGCCGUACGUGUUUUUAAGCCCUUCCCUUGAUGAGGUGCAAAAGGCUAUCAACCAGUGUGCAACGGCGGUACUUUCGUGCAGCAAAUACAUGACCCUUUGGGAGGGACUGGGCGAUGAUGCGCUUUCGUUCUUUGAGGAGAUUGCGAAAAACAAAGAGAUUGUGAAGGUUGUUCUACUGCUUACUGGUGGCAUCCACGGCUUAAAGAAGCAGGUAAUGGAGUACCUUAACCACUUCCACAAGUACGAGUAUCUGUGGAAGUUGGACAUGAACGAAGCUUAUGAUGAAUUCAACUCAAACGACCCAACACUUGACGACUACGAGCAACGUUUACAAGGUUACGUGGCGUUGCAUGAUGAAAUUGAGGGGCUCACGUCUGUGUUCAACAUCGGCAGUCUGGCACUGCACAACAAGCCCCUUAAGGCCGAUCUUCUUCGGAAAGUCAUCGAGUGGAAGGAGCUCUUUUCCAACAAGUUGCACGCCAAAGCACAAUUGGAACUAGACAGCUUAACACACAAAAUGGAUGAGGAGGCGCAUCAGCUCUCGUUACCCAUCCCUGAUCAGGAGAAGCUGGAGGACUUGCGCGUUCUGAUGAACACUCUGCAGGACAUCCGUGAUAGGGAGUCACUGGUGGAGUUCCAGUUUUACCCCGUGCAACAGGCAUAUGCAUUGUUGCAGCGCUUCAACGUUCCUAUUUUCAAGGAGGAAAUCGACCGUGUGGAGGAUAUUCGGUUCAAGUGGCGCAAACUACAUGCGCUGGCAGAGCGACGCUCAGACGAGAUCAACAAUCUUCAGUACGGUUUUAAGAAAGGUCUUACGCAGGAGGUGCAGAAAUUUGGUGCCGAAGUCAUUGCUUUCCGUAACGAUUAUGACUCCCAUGGACCGAUGGUAGAGGGUUUGAAACCUCAAGAAGCUAUGGAGCGUCUAAAGCGUUACCAACGCCAGUUUGAUGACAAGUACCGUAAGUGGAUUACCCUUAUGGCAGGUGAGGAACUCUUCGGUCUUCCCCUGCACAAAUACCCGGAAUUAGUUAAAACAAAGAAGGAGCUUGAGCUCCUCGACAAGUUAUACACGUUGUACAUUAAUGUGCUUCAUAAGGUUGACGGGUACAAUGAUAUUUUGUGGUGUGAGUUAGAUUUCGAUGCCAUCGCGGAGGAAGUGAGUGUAUUUGUGAGCCAGUGUAAGCGUUUGCCCAAGUCGUUGCGGGAUUGGGACGCGUAUGUCGAACUUAAGAAAAUUCUUGACGACUUCAUGGAACUCCAGCCUGUGAUUCAGGAGUUGAAGAAUCCCGCAGUGGUUGAGCGGCACUGGCAGGAGAUCAUGCGUGUAACGGGACAUAAGUGGCGAACCGAUCCUGAUCUGUUUAAACUUCAGAACCUUGUGGACGCGAACUUACUUCGCGUGGUGGAUGAAGUCGUUGAUAUUGCGAGUUCAUCCGUACGCGAGUCUGAAGUCGAGGCGAAAUUUCGGGCGCAAGAGGUGUUGUGGAAGGAUCAGGAACUGAAGUUCUCAGAGUUUAAGCAUCGUGGACCUAUCAUAUUAAAGGGUGAUGAUACAACGUCUAAGCGCGAGGCCUUGGAUGAGUCAUCGCUGGCCAUUAACUCCAUGCUAUCGUCUCGUUAUUGUGCUUUCAUGCGCGAUACCAUACAAGGUUUCCUUCAAAAGUUAGUGAAGGUGAGUGAGAUCAUAGCCCUGUGGGUUGAGGUGCAGUUUACAUGGCAGUACCUUGAAGCGGUGUUUGCAGGUGGUGACAUCAUGAAGCAGUUGCCCCAGGAGGCCAAACGGUUUGCGAUGAUCGAUAAGGCAUGGCAGAAAAUUAUGAACAAGGCCAAUGAGACACCCAAUGUUCUUGAGUUCUGCUACGAAAACGAGCUACUCCAGAACCUUCCAAACCUGAAGGAGCAGUUGGAUGAGUGUCAGCGGAAACUCUCUCUGUAUCUGGAGCAGAAGCGUAAUUUGUUUCCACGAUUCUACUUUGUUUCUGAUACGGUGCUGUUGGAAAUCCUGUCUCAGGCGAGCGACCCGCAAUCCAUUCAGCCACAUUUGGCAUCGAUCUUUGACGGUCUCUCAUCUGUGCGGUUCGAGCGUGUGAAACCCAAGGAAGCAGGGGCGCAGCCGUACUUCCAAAUUGUUGAGAUGAUUUCUGGUGAGGGAGAGUCACUCAUGAUGCGAGAACCUACACCGUGCGUAGGUAAUGUGGAGGAUUGGCUAAACCGUCUGUGUAGUGGUAUGACUGACACUGUGAGAGAAGUGGUGAAGGCGAGUGUUAUGGAGUUGGGUACACUGUUGGGAAAUACGAAUUACUUGGGAAGCAUUAUCGAGCGUUACCCGGCACAGGUUUCCCUUCUCAUGCUGCAGUUUUUCUGGACGGCCGACGUGACGGAGUGUAUUACAAAGGGUAUUAUGAGAUCCCGUGGGCGCGAAGCAGCAACAUCACGAGCUAAGUGCGAUGCAGUGAAGAACUUUCUUGUUAGUCUAACGACGUCACCUGAACUUGAGCGGCAGCCUAAGCGUAUGCGUACCAAUGUGGAGACUCUCAUUACGAUUCAAGUGCAUCAGCAGGAGGUGUUUAUUGAUUUGCAGAAGGCCUCCAUUAAGGAGCUCACACAUUUCGAUUGGCUGAAACAAGCCCGUUUCUACUACAAGCCAGAGCGUGACCUUACCAUUAUUUCAAUUGCUGAUUCUGACACAGAGUACUGCAACGAGUACUUGGGAGUUAAGGAGCGUUUGGUCAUCACCCCGCUGACAGAUCGCUGCUACAUCACGUUGUCGCAGGCGCUCGCUAUGUACAUGGGCGGUGCCCCGGCUGGACCUGCAGGUACAGGUAAAACCGAAACUACAAAGGAUCUCGCCCGUACAUAUGGCAAGUUUUGCGUCGUCUUCAAUUGCUCAGAUCAGCUGGACAGGCAUGCGAUGGGGAAAAUUAUACGCGGUCUUUCCCAGGCUAAUGCGUGGGGUUGUUUUGAUGAGUUCAACCGUAUCGACCUUCCCGUCCUCUCCGUCGUUGCGCAGCAAGUUUCUUGUGUGCUUCAGGCACUUAAGCAGCACAAAGACAAGUUCAUCUUUAUCGAUGGGCAGGUCACCGACCUGAUGCCCGGGGUUGGAUUCUUCAUUACCAUGAACCCUGGUUACGCAGGACGACAGGAGCUGCCGGAGAACCUGAAAAUUCUUUUCCGUGGUGUUACGAUGAUGAUCCCUGACCGUCAGACCAUUAUGAAGGUCAAGUUGGCCUCACAAGGGUACAGUCUCGAUGACCUGUUGAGUAAAAAGUUUUUCACAUUGUAUAAGCUCUGCGAAGAGCAGUUGUCGAAACAGCGGCACUACGACUUUGGUCUCCGUAACAUUUUAUCUGUGCUGCGUACAGCCGGUGCGGUGCUGCGUCGCAAUCCAGGUAAGGAUGAGGAGGAUCUUUUCAUGCGCACGCUGCGCGACAUGAACCUCUCCAAAUUGGUGUUUGAAGAUAUAGAGUUGUUUGACUCGUUAUUACGCGAUAUGUUCCCUGGACGACAGUUUGUUAAGGGCUCGCAUCCUGAGAUUGAGGGAGAGUUAGCGAAGGUGAUCGAGGGAAAAGGUUUGCAGCUAUGGGGACCAUGGAUAAGCAAGGUGUUGCAGUUGUACGAAACAAAGUUGGUGCGUCACGGUAUUAUGGUAGUUGGGCCUGCUAUGUGUGGCAAAACACAGUGUUACGACGUCAUGACGGAAACGCUUAGUCGCACGACGGUGCCUCAUCAGCAGUUGCGUAUGAAUCCGAAGGCCAUUACGGCACCGCAGAUGUUUGGUCGCAUCGAUGUCUCGGGAGACUGGCAUGAUGGCGUUUUCUCAUCUCUCUGGCGCGCUGCCGUUCGCCACGCAAAGAAGCGUAACGUGUGGAUUGUGUGCGAUGGACCAGUCGAUGCAAUUUGGAUUGAGAAUCUUAACACAGUUCUUGACGAUAACAAGUUGCUUACGUUAGCUAACGGGGAUCGUAUUCAAAUGACUGACACGAUGAAGUGCUGCUUCGAAGUUGAGAACUUGGCAAAUGCCUCCCCUGCUACUGUAUCCCGAGCCGGUAUUAUUUUUAUCUCUGAUGUUAUUCUGGGGUGGAAGCCGGUGCUCAAGUCACGUUUCUGCGCCACUGUGAAUGAGGAGGGGCAGAUCCUACCAGUUGAUGUUGUGAAGAGGUGCAACACACUCCUUGCAGAAAAAUUGCUUGCCUUGUUCCUCCCCACGGAGGGAGAAGGCGGCGAGCCAAGUUUGACAGAACGGGUAGCGACAUUCUACGAAAAGGAGUGCAGCAUCGUUAUGAAGACAUCUAUUGCUCACCUUGUAAUUAAUGCCUUCCAUCUCACAGUUGCUCUUGGAGAAGAGGUGGGCGACGGUGUGCCCGUUAGUGACGCGCUGGCACUGAAGAUAUUCUGGUUCAGUCUGUCAUGGGCAUUCGGUGGUGUCCUUGAGUCGAAGGACCGGUUGAAAUUUGAUGCCCUGGUGCGUGAGCUCUACGACGGCUUACCUCCAUCGACAGAAGGCACGGUAUUCGACUUUUCGCUGAACUGCAAGAGUGGUCAGUGGGAGCACUGGGAUGGGUUCUUAGAGAAGUGGAAGUACCCUGGCGAUGACAGACUGGACUUCGCCACUUUGUUCAUUCCCACAGCUGAUUCUGUGCGACUGCACUUCCUUAUGAACUGCAACUUUAUACAGCACCGACCAGCUUUGUUGAUUGGUGUGAGUGGUACGGCUAAAACGGUAACAGUUGAGAAGUUAUUACUGAAGAUCAAAGCUGAGUCUGAAACGUCGAACUUCCGUAAGCUCAACUUUUCGUCCAUGACGACUCCCCAAAACUUCUACAAUGCCCUUGAGGACAUGACGGAGAAGCGUAUGGGUUCUACCUUCGGUCCGAAGAACUGCGAGCAACUGACGGUCUUCAUUGAUGACAUCAACAUGCCGGAGAUCAAUGAGUGGGGCGACCAGAUUACAAAUGAGAUUGUGCGCCAGGUGGUGGAGUCUAGCAUGGUUUAUGAUCUAAGUCAUGCUGGUCGGCGGAAGGAGUUGCGCGGCCUUGUUUAUAUGGCUGCCAUGUCGCACCCAUCUGGUGGCAAGAACGAUAUCCCCAAUCGUUUGAAGCGCCACUUCUCGAUCUUCAACGUGCCACUUCCAGAGGAGAGUUCUGUACAGCAGAUUUUCGGUGUCAUUUUUGAAGGUCGAUUCUGCAAUGACAACUAUGCGCGCAGUGUGCAGGACAUCGCUAAGAUGCUCACACAAAUGUCGAUCGAUUUCUGGCGCGCGAUAGCGAAAAAGAUGUUACCAACACCCGACAAGUUCCACUACUUCUUCAACUUGCGCGAUUUGUCGCGUAUUACACAGGGUAUUAUGAUGGCUGGUAUGAACGAUGACCCCGAGAAACCCGAGAGAAGGUCCACAAGCAAACCGUGGGAAGUCGUAACGGACGCUGUAACGCUUAUCAGGAUUUGGAAGCAUGAAUGCUCUCGUGUUUUCAGCGACAAGCUCAAUAGCGUGGCGGACAAGCGGUGGUUCGAUGACAACGUGCAAGACUGUGUCGUGCAGCACCUCACGCCAACACAAUACCGAGAUGUCAUCGAGCAAGUGCGUGAGCCCAUUUAUAUGGCAAAUUACCUGCGGGACCCCAUUAUUGAUCCUGAAACUGGUGAGAUUGCAGAGACUGCUCCUCGCAUUUACGAGCCAGCACCAUCGAUGGAGGUCCUCCAGGAUCGCUUGCUACGUGCUAUGAAGGCUCACGACGAGCAGCCCCGUGUGAAGCAGCUGAAGCUCGUCUUGUUCGAAGCUGCUGUGAAGAAUGUUUCCCGUAUUUCUCGUGUCCUGUCGAUGCCGCGAGGUAACUUAUUGCUGGUUGGUGUUGGUGGUAGUGGCAAACAGUCGCUGACCCGUCUUGCUGCACAUGUGAAUUCCCAUGACUACGCCACGUUGGUUUUGUCCAAGGGGUUUGGUGUCAACCAACUCUUCGAUGCCAUUCGUGAGCAAUACGUUAUGGCAGCGACGAAACGCCCAGUGACUAUGCUAUUCACUGAUAAUGACAUCAAGCAUGAGAUAUUCUUGGAGUAUAUCAACUCCUUCUUGUCAAAUGGUGAAAUUCCCGGUCUGUUUGCAUCCGAUCAGCGCGAUUCAGCGAUUAACGACAUUCGCCCCGUCAUGAAAAAAGACCCUUUCGUCAAGUUUGAAGAUAUGAACGAGACCUUGUGGAAGUACUUCAUUAACCGUGUUCGUGAAAGAUUGCACUUUGUGUUAUGCUUCUCGCCGGUGGGAGAUAAGUUCCGUACACGUGCGCGCAAGUUCCCGGCCCUUGUGUCUUCGUGUAUCAUCAACUGGUUCUUCCCGUGGCCAAAGCAGGCCUUACUCGAUGUCUCAUUCCGAACGCUGAAAAAUUUUGAAAUGGCGACCGAAGAUAAGAAUAAAAAAGCGUUGGUGGAGCUUAUGGCAGAGAUCCAUUCCCUCAUGCUUGAGAAAUCUGAGGAAUACCUUGCGCGGUACCGACGGUCGGUAUACAGCACACCGAAGUCCUACCUUGGCUUUAUUGAGUCUUACACGAAUGUUUACACAAAGAAGUUUAAUGAACUCAAUGAGGAUGCCAGCAAAAUUAACAAGGGUUUGCAGAAGUUACACCAAGCAGGUGAGGAUGUGCGAGUGAUGAGGAAGCAACUUCAGGAGAAGGAAGGUUUGCUGCAGAGCAAACGAAAGGAGACGGACGCGCUGGUCAAGGAAAUUGAAAUUCGUACCGCUGAGGCUGAGAAGAAACGGAUGGAGGUGGAGGUCGUGAAGGAGAGUGUUGCACGGGACGCUGCCGUUGUCGCACAGGGUGAGGCUGAAGCUAAGAAGGACCUUGAGGCGGCUGAACCAGCCCUGCUGGAGGCCAUAGAAUCACUUAAUUCUAUCACAUCCAAUGAUUUCACCACAUUGAAGAAGUUGGCGAACCCUCCGGCGCUGAUUAAACGUAUUUUUGAUGCUGUCUCAGUGUUGCUUCAUAGGCCAUUGAUGGUCCCAGGUGCGGAGGAGGUGAAGGGUGCACUGUGGAUUACAGACUCAUGGGAGUUUAGCGGAAGACAACUUGCGUCUGAUUCGUCCACGCUUGACGUUCUACGGUCAUUUGGUGAAAAUCAGAAGGAUUUCAUUAAUGAGGAGACAUGCGAGUUGCUGUUACCGUAUUUAUGGAUGGAUGACUUCACGCAGGAGCGUGCGCGUAAGGCCUCCGGUAACAUUGCUGGUCUCUGUACAUGGGUGCGCAGUAUGUACAAGUACAUCAACAUCGCCAAGAUUGUUGCGCCGAAGAGGGAGAAAUUGCGUAUUGCGACAAUUAAACUGCGUGUGGCAAACAAAAAGAAGGAAGAGCAAGAGGAAGAACUUGCCCGUGUGACUGCUGAAGUUGAUCGCUACAACCAGCAACUUUCAGAGGAGAACGCAAAGAAGCAGGCCCUUGAGGACGAUGCUACACGCACAAAACAGCGUAUGGAUAGCGCUAACGGUCUCAUCGAUGCUCUCUCCGGUGAACGUGAAAGGUGGACGCAGCAAAGCAAUGACUUCAAGUCACUGAUCGAGCGUCUUGUUGGUGAUGUUGCCCUCAGCUGCGCUUUUAUUUCUUACUGUGGUCCCUUCAACUCAGAGUUCAGGCACCAGUUGCUAUAUAAGAAUUUCUACGUCAAGUGUAAAGAUCUGAAGAUCCCCGUGACAUCCGACAUCAACGUUGUGAAGUUUCUUGUAGACGAGACAACUAUUGCAGACUGGCAGCUUGAAGGACUACCAGCAGAUGAUCACUCUGUGCAGAAUGCCAUCAUGAUCACAACGAGUGCCAAGUUCCCCCUGAUGAUUGACCCCCAGGGACAGGCGCUGAAUUGGAUCCGCAAGCGUACCGAGCGUAUGCAAGGAAAACUCUGCCAGUUGAGUGAUCGUACGUUCGCAAUGCACCUGCAGGAACAGCUUGAUCUGGGUUUGCCACUCAUUGCAGAGAACGUCCCCGAAGAAAUUGACCCGAUGAUUGAUCCCGUGCUGGAGAAGCAGGUCGUACGAAGUGGCAAGUCUUUAAUCAUCCGUGUCAACGGUGAGGAAAUGAGCUACAAUGAAAACUUCAGCUUCUUUCUUACGACGAAGUUGCCCAAUCCCAGUUUUACGCCAGAAAUGUUUGCCAAGAGUCUUGUCAUUGACUUCACAGUGACGAUGGAGGGUUUGGAACAGCAGCUGCUGUCGCAUGUGAUUGGCCGCGAAAAGGGAGAACUGAACGAGGAGAGUGCCAAACUUUCCGAAGACAUCAACAGCAAUGAGAAGCGCCGUAAGAAUCUUGAGGAUCGUCUUUUGAAGCAGUUGAGUGAGUCCCAGGGUAACCUUAUCGAUGACGUUGUGCUCAUCCAGACCCUCCAGGAGACGAAGGAUGCAACAGCAGAGAUUGCAGAAAAACUUGCCACAGCACUUGAGACACGGAAGCGUAUUGCCGGGGCGUGCGAGGAGUACAGACCGGUUGCAACACGCGGUGCGGUGCUGUACUUCCUCGUCGUUGAGAUGUCGUUGGUCAACCACAUGUAUCAGACGUCUCUCGUACAGUUCGACGGCAUUUUCGACGGUUCCAUCCAGCGCUCAGAGCCGCACCCCGUCACAGCGAAGCGUAUUCAAUGUAUCAUUGACUACCUUACCAUGGCUGUGUUCAAAUACAUUAUUCGUAUGCUCUUUUCGUCGCACAAGCUGCUUUUCGUACUGCUCAUGGCAUGUAAAAUUCAAAUGAAGGUUGGGCAGUUGGACGCCACCUCGUUUGACGUCUUCCUCAAGGGCGGGGGUGCCAUGCAAGUGGACCGCUCAAAGCCAUUUGCUUGGAUUAAAGAUAAGAUGUGGGCGAAUAUCCUUGCCAUGUCGGAACAAUUACCGCGGUCGUUCAAGCAGCUUCCCGAUCUCAUAACCCGCAGUGAACAGGUGUGGCGGCAGUACAUAGAGUCAGACAACAUUGAGAACUUACCAGUGCCUGAUAUAAACGAAAAGCUCGACAGCUUUGAGCGACUUCUCAUUGUGCGUGCCCUUCGUGAGGAUCGUGCUAUGCUUGCUGCUAAUCUUUACGUGGCCCGUACGCUCGGCAAGGAGUUCUCUGAAGCGCAGCAGCUCGAUCUACAGGGCGUGGUAGAGGAAACAAGCGGCCUGACACCUAUUGUCUUCCUUCUCUCUCAGGGUUCUGAUCCGACGACUCUUAUUGAGGCAACCGCAAAGUCGCUUAAGAAGAAGAUAUUUCCUAUUUCAAUGGGACAAGGUCAGGAAGAGGCGGCGAUGAAUAUUGUGUCUGGCGCGUGGCACAACGGUGACUGGGCCCUACUGCAGAACUGCCACCUUGGUCUACCCUUCCUCCUGCAGCUCGAAGAAAGACUUCGUCAACAACAUUUGCCCGGGGAAAAGAAGGCUGAUAUCCACGAGGAAGCGCGCCUGUGGGUGACAUCGGAACCACACAAGUUAUUCCCCAUUGGACUGCUGCAGAUGUCGAUAAAGCUGACGAACGAGCCACCGCAGGGUAUUAAAGCAGGUCUUGUCCGUACAUACUCAUGGAUGUCGCAGGAUUAUCUUGAGAUGUUCCGCCGCCCCGAGUGGCGUCCGAUGCUUUUCACCCAGUGUUUCCUGCAUUCCGUUGUGGUGGAGCGGCGUAAGUUUGGACCCAUUGGUUUCAGUGUGCCAUAUGAAUUCAACCAAGGUGACUGGAACGCUUCCGUGCAGUUCCUCAUCAAUCACAUGACGACCAUCGGUGAAGCCCUGAAGAAUCCGGUUAAUCGUGACACCGUGUGCUAUAUGGUUUCGGAUAUUCAGUACGGUGGACGUAUUACAGACAAUAACGAUCGUGCUCUCUUCAAGGCCAUCACUGAGUUCUUGUACGACUUACGCAUUACAAACCCGGAGAGGUCGCGCGAUAUGAAAAUAGCCAACGACACUAAGGUCCCUCUCAAUGUCAUGACCUCUACAGGGGGUCUUCACAACCCAUACCCGUGCGAGAUCACGGAGUUCGCACCUGGGUACGGUAUACCUCUGUUCGAUGACAUUAACAAGCACAGGGAAUUCAUUCGCGACACGUACCCCGAUGUGGACACGACAGAAGUGUUCCAGAUGCAUUCCAAUGCUGAUAUCACGUACCGUACACGGCAAGCGCAGGAGGCGCUGAAGACGAUUUUGGAUAUUCAACCAAGAGACGCCGUAGCCAGAGGUGGUGUCACCCGUGAAGAGAAGGUUUUGUCGAUGGCGGAUAAUUUCCUGCGGCAGCUUCCAGCCAACUGGGUUGUAGACCGCAAGCUUCAUUUGGCUGAUAAGCAACCACUAUCCAUCUUUGCAGGACAAGAAAUUGAUCGCUUGAGCGUCACCGUUCGUACAAUCCGGCAAACGUGCACGAACCUCAAGCUUGCUGUUGCCGGAACCAUUAUUCUCACUCCUGCGCUUCAGGACGCAUUGGAUUAUUUGUAUGCCGCACGUGUGCCACCGUCAUGGGUUGCUGUGGGAUGGCCAUCACCUAACAUUUCGCUCUGGUUCGCUGAGGUACUCCGCCGUUACGAACAGCUUGAUGGUUGGGCCCGCAACGGUCGGCCACCCGUCUACUGGCUGCCAGGAUUCUUCAACCCACAAGGUUUCCUCACCUCCGUGCGGCAAGAAAUUACACGUAGCCACGCAAACGAAGCGGUGCCAUGGGCACUCGAUAAGGUGGAAACACGGACGGAGGUUCGCUCGUCCGAGUACCGACCUGGUCAGGAACCGAAGGCGGAAGAUCUGAAGACGGAGCGAGGUGAAGUUGUCAUUCAUGGACUCUUCCUCGAGGGGGCUAUGUGGGAUAAAGCGAAUAAGCGGCUGAAGGAUCCACCGCCAGGUGAUCUGUUCCGUGAAUUGCCCAUGUUGCUCAUUUCCGCUAUCAAUAAAGAUGCACCGCCGCCGCACAUGAAUGCACCGAUGAAACCUGGACAGUUGAAGGAGAGGCAGAAGAAGCAGGAAUAUUACCGUUGCCCCGUUUAUAAGUAUCCCACACGGUCUGAUUUACACUGGAUAUUUGACGUGAACCUCCCCGUGGCUGAGGACGACGCUUAUUGGCGUAUGCGUGGCGUGUCACUGUUGGGGUGCACCGACUAA